AUGUUUGGGGAUAAAGGGUAUGAGGGUUGGGAUCAUCUGUCGCCGAGGCAGAAAGUAGAGCGUAUGAUGUUGAUACACACGAGUGGACAUGAAGGCGAAGAUCGCUUCAGCUCAGCCCUCUACAACGGCACCCCCUCAACACCACCCCUCUCCCUCCUCUCCGUUCACACACCAACACCCACAACCUCCAUGGUCAUCUUCACCUACACAUGUCCCCCUUUCUACGCAAACCCACUCGGAAACCUGCAUGGAGCAGCCCACGCCCUGAUCUACGACAACUGCACAACCCUCGCUCUUGCCGCUGUCUCUACCCCCGGUUUCUGGAUGUUGGGCGGUGUGAGUAGGGUCUUGGAUGUAAAGUAUGUGCGUGCGUUGAGGGUGGGUGAGGAAGUGAGGGUGGAGUGUGAGGUUGUGCAUGUUGGGGGUAGGCAAGCGGCUGUUAGGGGUGUGAUUAGGGAUGAAAGGNGGAGGGUGUGCAGUACGUGUGAGCAUGACAAGACGAAUAUCGAUCCCGUGAUGGAGAGCAAAGAAAAGGCGAAGUUGUGA